UUAUUUAUCAGCAGUGUCUAUUCUUUUAUAAUAAUUUCUUUUUCUUUUAAAUCCAACCUGUAGUAAUGAAGCGAAAACGAGCACAACCAUUGAUCAACAUAGUUGUUUCAAUGGGAAUACCUCUACCGUGGAGCAAGCAAAAGGGAUUCAAUCAAACUCGUCAGGACAGUUCCCUAGUUUUUUGAAACAGCUGCUUAAAUCCCAUCUUUCUGGAAAAUUUUAUUUGGGUUUACCCAAGAAAUUUUGCGAUGCACAUAUGCCAACCCAAGACGAGUCUAUUGUUUUGGUUGAUGAAAGUGAUAAAGAAUACAGCAUGAAAUACUCAGUUCGUAAAAAUAGAUUAAGCGGUGGUUGGAGGAUUUUCUCCGUGUCGCACAAAUUGCUCGAGGGAGAUGCUCUGUUAUUCCAUCUGAUUGAGCCUUGCAAGUUCAGGGUUUAUAUUAUAAAAGCAAGCAAAGUGACAGAAAACGAAGGGUUAAUUGGCAUGCACACCCAUGAUUUCCCGAACAUUAGGCCAAUAAGCAGUGUGAAAACCGAAGACCGAACAGACGGUCAAACAACACGACGCGUGCUUGUAAAUCCUCGCGAAACAAAAAAGCCAAGAAUUAUCAGCGAAAUCAAACUUUCCAACUCCAAUCUCCCAGAAAUCGACAUAAAAAAGGGCUUUGACGAUUUCAAGAUUCAAAUGGACGGCCUAAUUCUCGACCCAGAAAUACCCUCCGUUCUCAGGACAAAAUAUUACAACCUUUGCAGCAGCCAAAAAGCGUUCUUACACGACUGUCUAAUCAAAGGACUCAGCAGUAAACUAGUUGUGGCCAUGAUUUGUGAGACCAUAAACAUAUCUGACGCCAUUAGGUCCGUGGACCUUGCCACGUCAGAUCACUGCCUCAAUUGCUGGGAGAAAACCUUAAAAGCUUUCGAGGAUUUGGGAAUGGCAGUCGGGUUUUUACGAGAUAGAGUGCAAAAGCUGAAAGGCAUAAAACGGGAGCAUCAAGUGAUGUUGUUGAGUGUAAGAACAUUGGUGGGUCGUGUGGAGGCUGAGGUGGAAGCUCUCGAGUGGGAGGAUAAGAAGCUUUGUUACGAGUUCCAAAUGCUUGCUCGAGCCCCAUGGUGAAAAAAAAUAAACUUUUUGAAACGGGGUUCGGGUAAAAUCUUAUUACCGUACCUGUGUAUAUUUUAGUGAUGUGUUUUGCUUUUGCCUAUCUCUGGAGGGUUUUAGAGGAACUUAAUAUGUAGACUCUACAUACCUGAAUCUUAUGACGUGUUUUUCAGCUUUGUAUUGUUAGAUAGGGCUUAUGACAAAAACUACCCAUUGAGGUUUAGUAUAUUUACUAUUUAUAGUUAUUUACAAGCAAAUCUGAUGUAGGGGAAACAUAUGAGUGGGAAAAAUAA